UCAAGCUCAGAAGCUUCUCAUUGUACAACACAUCUCCUGCCACCAUGUCCUACAACUGCUGCUCUGGAAACUUCUCGUCCCAGUCCCUUGGGGGAUACCUGCGCUACCCAGGAUCUUUCUGCGGCUCAUCUUACCCCAACAACCUGUUCUGCAGCACUAACCUCCAGUCUCCCGGCACAUACCAGCUGGGCUCCUCCCUCUCCAGUGGCUGUCAAGAGACCUGCUGUGAGCCCACCAGCUGCCGGACGUCCUACCUGGUGUCCAGACCUUGCCAGUCAUCCUGCUACCCCACGAGGACCUCCACACUCUUCAGUCCCUGCCAGACAACUUAUACAGGGUCUCUGGGCUUUGGCUCCAGCGGCUUUCAAUCUUUUGGUUGUGGCUCUCCCUCUCUGGGCUUUGGAUUGGGUGGUUUCCAGUCAGUGGGCUGUGGUCCCAGUGCCUUUUCAUCCCUGGGUUGUAGAUCCAGCUUUUACCGUCCACUCUACUACUCUUCUAGAAGCUGCCAGUCUGCUUUCUGCCAACCAACCUGUGGGUCUGGCUUCUACUAA